UCUCUUGCUUGUUAUCCCUCAGGGUUUGACAUAUAUGACACGUGCACUGAUCCCAAUAUCGCCGUGAGGAACUCGGUCUACUUCAUCGCUACACAGGAUUCAUCAAAUUGCGACAGUGAUUCAGGCCAUCAGUCUAUAGCUGCCGUAGUAGGACCGUCCACAAGCAGUGCAGCCGUCUCUGUGGCAAGCCUUUUUAAUCUCUUCACUCUGCCUCAAGUCAGCUAUGCUGCUACCAGUGAUAUACUCAGCGAAUCAAGAUUCAAUUACUUUACCCGGACUAUCCCGACGGACACGUUCCAAGCCCGAGCCAUGGCCCACCUCGCCAACCACUUCGGCUUCCAUACCGUCGCCCUGCUCGGUAACGAUGAGGGGGCGUACGGCGUGAGCGGCGUCUAUGUCUUCGAAGACGAGGCUUCCAAACACAACAUCUGCAUCGCCUACAAGAAGAUCUUCGGCGUCAGCGAUGACCGGUCUGACUUCGAGAGAAUCGUCACUGAUCUCAGACAAAUCCCAGAUGUACGGGUAAUUGUUGCCUUCGCCAACGAAGCUCCCAUGAACCAGCUACUUACCUAUUUCGCUGAGAACAACGUCACCGGCUAUAUGUGGAUAGGCAGCGAUGGUUGGGGAGCAUCAAAAACCGUACUGGACCCAAAGAUAUCUCGGGUUACCAGCGGAAUGAUCGGCGUCUUCCCGCACACUGAGACGAUCCCCAAGCUCGAAGACUACAUUCUCAGUCUGACCCCGAAAUCGUUGGACUACCAGGAUCCAUUCUUGAACGAGUACUGGCAAGACUUCUUCCAGUGUCACUUGCCAGGCGUUUCUGAGAAGAGCGUUUACUACUACGAUCGGAAGUGCACGGGAGAAGAGUCCUUUAACUCUUCCCUUGCCUUCUCCAAUACAUCCUUGGUCUCAUCAGUCGUGGAUUCUGUGGAAGUUGUUGCCCGUGCUAUGCAUAAAGCGCUUUCCUGCAACGAUGUACAGUGUGACACACGUUCAGGCGGUAUCCCAGGGGAAGUUUUGAUUGACUACAUGAAGAAUGUGGACUUCAUGGGCCACUCCGGCUACAGGUUGGCUCCGGACGAACGGGGAAAUCUUGCGGAAGUCGCCUGGUACGACUUCUACAACUUGCAACCAAAGUAUCCAUGCUCGAAUGAGUUCCAUCUAAACAUAGUUGGCCAUUGGAAGGAAGCUGAAGUUUCGAUCUCAAACUUGGAAACGAUUUACUGGCCAAUGACAGACACUUGUACUCUGAAAACUUUAACGCCGACAUCGGUGUGUGGAGAAACAUGUUACCCUGGUACUAGACGUAUUACCCUUGACUUCAGUAGUUGCUGUUGGAUUUGUGUGCCUUGCUCUAAUAACCACUACACUAACGAGAGCAACGCCUUAUCGUGCUCUCCAUGUAGCGAUGAACAGGCAUCCAGCGAGGACCGAACGGAAUGCCUUGACUUACCAUAUACCUUUACAGAACUAACAUCCGAGAUCGGUUUGGCCGUCCUGGCAACUGCUAUCAUCGGCUGGUUAAUAUGCGUCAUCAUCAUCGUAAUCUUCAUGCUCAAGGAAAACACAACCAUUAUUUUCCAUGCCUUCGCGCGCACCUGGAAGUUUGUCCUUCUCGGGAUCACCAUAACGUUCGUCACUGCAACGCUCUCUAUCAUCCCUGCCUCGGAGCUUACGUGCCUUAUCGUAGCUGGUACUCAACUCUUACCUGUAUCUGUCACAGAAGGAAGCCUCAUUCUUGCUGCCUACUCCACGUACAAUCGCAAGCACGUCCAGCUUAACAACUGGGCGCUCUCCAUGAUCGCGGUCCUCUUCGUUCACGGGCAAUGCAUCCUGAUCUGGAUGUUGACCAGUCGCCCCGUCGUCACGAAGACAGUCGAUCGCGACCAACGUCUCGUCUACGUCGACUGCGUCAGCUCGGGGAGCUACGAUGGCAUCAUCGUCAUCAUUGCCUUCUGCAUCACUCUUGACGUCGUCGGGAUAUUUGUCUCCUUCAACAUCCGCAACCGAGACAAGAACUUCCAGGAAGGAAAGUUCAUCUUCUUUUCCUUUAUCAUCCAAGUCAUGGGUUGGGUGACCAUACUGGUCAUCUAUCUCGUUCUACCCAAAGGUCGUCAUUACCGGACUUUUGUCCUCUCUUUCGGCCUUAUGUUCUCGAGUGUUGCCAAUCUAGGGUGUCUUUUUGUGCCAAAACUGUAUGUUGUAAAAUGCAAACCUGACAUCAAUCCGCCGAUCAAGAAGAGAUAUAGAGACAAACUUUGGCAGUGGAAAUUCAAGAGGAGAGAUGGCGAGGAGGAAGUUUCAGCAGAGGCGAGAUUUGGUGAAUCAGUACGGAGCCACGCUGCACGUAGUGCAAUACUUAAUAACUACAGAAAAGCUUUAGCAGCAAUACGUGACGAGACGGCGCAGGCUAUACGUAUGUACGGCAUUUGCACCGACCGAAUAGACGACAUGAAAUUAAGACACAGAAGCAAGAUGGAGGAGGUUUCCAUGACUACCAACAGCAUCAAAAGUAGCAGAGUGCAACUCGUCCUCUCUUCACCUUCGAUCGAAGUGACGUAUUGCUGACGUCACAAAUGAAUUACCAUUUCGAAAUGCACCCCAAAUUUGAGAUAUAUAUAAAUAUAUAUAUAUAUAGUUCAAGUUUAUAUUGCUCUUUUUUUAUACUACACAUGUACUUAAUUGUUCCAUAAUGGUGCUAGGGUGGCCGUUGAGGUAUGCUAGUCGCAUGCAUUAUUGUAAUGAAUAUGAAUACUACUUGCGUGCAUAUUGUGUCACUAAUGUAAAGUAAUAGCCGAUUAACAAUCUUGUCGAAAAAGACACCCAUUUAUCACUUUUGAAUUCAAUCGGUGUUAUAAAUAAAUAUGAGAGAAAACUGUAGGUGUAAACAAUGAUGGAUUAUGAACGUACUUUUCAGUUAAUAACAAGGAAGACACUGAUGGAUUGUAACUGUGUUGUGUUUACGCUUUUGUUUCAAAUCGGGUUUAACGAACGAAGAUUGUCUGAUGUCUCGUUUUUUCCUUUGUUAAACGUGAUCUGAGACCCGGAUUGGGGUUUAACUGAAUUGGUAGAAUACUGAUCAAAGGCUCCGUAGACUUACGUGUCCCAUCAGAAUAGAAUUAAAAUGUGUGAAUAAGAGACUAACCUAAUAUUCAAUAGCUGGAAAGCUAUCAAAAUGAAUAGCUUUGAAUGAUUUAACUAUAUUUGUAAAUUCACACAAUUAAACAGUGUUCUUAUUUGUUUUGUAACCUGGUGGCCAGUACAUUAAGAUGCGUUGAUGAGUUUCAAUGAAAGGUAAAGGAUUUCUGCAAAAAGAAUUUCAUCCGUGGGCCUUCUCCCAGUAUUCACCAAAUACCACAUUGAAGUCAAUGGCUAGUGAGUCUUAGACUUAACCAAGUGUUCAGUAAUACAUAAACCACUUUUUCUCAAAAUGGCCAAAGUGGGGUUACGUCUUUGUGUCACUGACCCCUCGAUAUUAAGGAACUAUGGCUUUGAGGGAAUAAUAUGGCUAUAUAAUAUCGUCAUAUUUAUGAAUAGAUGAAUUAGCAAUGUGAGAGUGAUUUGAAUGAUCUAGUGAUAACAUUGCCAACAAAGAAUCUAUGUUUUGCAAAAGGGACCUUUCCCAUUUCAACAAACACGUAACGAUACGUGGUUAGUACGUGCCCACCAUCGGCAGUGUGCAGUCAAUAGCGAUAAAGCGCUAGUUUUUUAAAAGUUUUUAUUAAACAAGAUGGAAAUUCGAUGUUGAUCCUGGCAGUAGUCAGAUGAAUUACUUUUUUCUUCUUAUGUUUUUAAUGGAAGCAGGAUGAAUCGUCAUUAUGCGUUUAUUCAAUCAUGUCCAUACACUUUGCGGUUUGCUGCCAUCACCGGCAAUGAAAUGUUCAUACUUUCUGUAAAGUUAUGAUUACACGGAAAACAUAAUUAAUGUAUUGAUGGAGGAAGGGGAGAGGGAGAGGGAGGGGGAGGGAAGGGGGAGGGGGCAACUCAAAUUCAAGGGGAAAAAAGUCAAUACCUCCUCCCCUUCGUAAUAUCGAGGGGAACUUAUCCCAAAAUUCUCUACUCCCCAACUAAGAGACCCAGGAGAGGAUCGGCAUAUUAUCCAAAUAAUAAUCCAAAAUAAUCCUCGUCGCAAACUUUUAAAAAAAAAUGGAUGUUAUCCUCUCACUCUAUAACCAUGUUUUUGUCGUGAUCUCGGGCAAUACGUCUUUUCUAAAAUAAGAAAUACUGAUUUACUGUAUUUUGAUGCAAUACUUGUUUUAAUCGUACAGAGUGUUUACUUUUGACUAUACUUUGACUGUAUUAUUACGCUGUGACCCCACCCAUCCAGCUCCGACUUUUUU